AUGUUCACUGCCCAAACGAGCUCUCCCUCAGGAGACACGCAGAAUCUCUUCCCUUCGCCAGCCUACUCUGAAUCGACCCUGUCGUCUUCUUCGCACCUUUACACUCCGGAUAACGGUAUGCCCCACAAGGCACACGACGUCAACGACCGUCUCCAGCUUCACAACGCUUCCAUCAGCGCGGCAAACGCUGCCUUCGUCUCUGCUACUAAGCGCGAAGACGCACACGCAGGUGUCGACGCAAGCGAGAACGCCAGCCUGGUAUUCGCUCACAACGCACCCGGUCUCAUUGACGCUGAUAUGAGCGGCGACGCCCAAUCCCUCGCCGCAGCGCUCGACUUCGAUAGCAUGAACGCCGACAUCCAACAAACGCUGGAAAACGGCGACUACUCGUUCUUGGGCAAGCGCCCCAACACGUCCCAACCGGCGGGUGGCUUCGGCUCGAUGCUCCACGUGCGCGCUGAAUCCAACUCCGGCCGUCGUCACAGCAUCCAGACGCUCAUGCCCUCCAGCGACUCCAGCUCGUCCCUGACGGGCUUUGGUCCCAUGGCGGGUGCUGUCUCUGGUGCAAGGAGUAUGAGCAUCUCGGUGGACGCUUAUGGAUCUAUGGCAUACACCGAUGCUGCUUCUCAGGGCAUGGAUAUGGCUUUCAACGCAGAGGCACACAGUACAUCGGGAGCUGGCUUCCUCAUGUCUCCGCCCCGCUUGACCGUAAGCAUGUCCAACAACACUGAUCAUGCCUCGGCAGCGGCCGCUGCAACCUUCAACGAGGAUGCAAAGCGUCGCCGUACCUCCGAGGUCGAUGCGACACCCGAACGUCGCGUCGAGCAGCUUGCCAACGAGCACCGCUUCUUGCCUCAGCAGACCCCACCAAACAUGUACGCCUACCAGCAGCACCCGCAGUUCUCGGUAGGGUCCAGUGUUGGAGGUGGAUUCGAGACGCCGUCGUCGGUGCAGUCGAGCGCCUCGCCGUGCCGCGUGCGACGUCUUUCGCUCACCGCCAUGGACCGUGCUUCCCACAUCGCCAACCUGACCGCCAACCUUACGCUCCCCUCCUCCUUCGGCGGAGAGCAGCCACCCAAGAGCGCACCACCACGUGCCGCUUCCGACGCCAUGCAACGCGCCCAGUCGCAGUCGUCGCUCAGCCGCAAGGCCACCGACGACAAGGCGGUCAAGGCUGGCGCCAACGCCGCAGGCAACUCGGGCAGCGCGACGCCGAAUGGUAAGAACCAGGACGUUUGGCCCGAUGACGUCGAAGUGGCUUUCUGGGAAGCUCUCCGACUGAUUCCCAAGCUCGGUCGCCGAAAGGUGCUGGUGCAUGGCAAGCCGUGCGGUCGUAACGAGCUCAUCGCCGACUACAUCGAGCGCAAGACCAACAAGGUGCGCACGCGCAAGCAGGUCUCGAGUCACAUCCAGGUGCUCAAGAACAUCCGCAAGGGUGAUCCCGAAUUCCAGCAGCUCAUCGCCGAGCCCACCACCGAGGAGGACUUUUACAUCCCUGCCGGUGGCAUGAUGUAUGCACAGACGCUUGCUGGCUACGGCUACGGUGGCCUUGGGAGCGCCUACCCGCUCAUGUCUAUGGACAAUGCCGGUGGCCUGCUCUCCCCAUAUACCCCAGGCCUCACGGGUGGCCAAGGCCUUGCCAGCCCUCUCUCGCCCGGUGCGCCACCCAUGUCGGCGACGCACUCCAUCACCUCGGGCUUGAACAACCUUCACUUCCCGCAGCAGACUGGAGUUAAGGACACGAGCGGCAACACGCCGUGCCCGAUCCUGCCCGCGAGCUUCUCCAUGUGGGUGCACUGCUCGUCUGGCGACGAGAAGCACGUCUACACCAACCUCGACAGGAACUCGAUGACCACCUACGCCAACAACCAGUCGUCGUUGCCCCAGAUGACGCUCGACUCGGUGCGCGUGGGUCACUUCCGUUUCCCUCGUCUCGCCGAGAUGUACCAUCGCAUGCCGUGCCAGUUCCUCCACGUGCACGUGCCGCUUUCGGUGCCGCGCCACGACGUCAUGAUGCCGCGCUACGACCACUUCAGCACCCAGCUCUCGCUGACGUCGGCGCAAGACUUGCGACUCACCUCGGUCACCACUGUGUACUCGCACGGCAAGCGCGUUCUGUCGCUCGUCGAGCCCCUCGACGCUCCGCGCAAGAUCUCGGGCAGGAAUGGCGUCGAGGUUGCCGCCACCAGCACGGUGGGUGCCGGCGCUGCAGCCAACGAUGAGGCUGCCAAGGCGUCGAGCGAGACAGCAACCAACGAGGCACCCUCGUUCGAGGAUGCCAUGACCUCGACCCCGACCAAGGGCAAGAACAGCCAGCGACGCGAGAGCGACGGCAGCAUCGCCUCGCUCAGUCCCAUCUCGGGCACGUCGAGUGGUCCCGCUUCGCCUCGCACGCCACUGGAUGUCAACAACCAGUCCAACAGCAACCUGCGCCAUCGCUGGUGCCACCAGGCUCCGUUCGCCACGGACUUCUGGGCCGACUUCUUGAGCCGCAAUCACCCUGUCAACGUCUACAGCGGUCGCGAUGGACUGCAGUCGUUCGGCAAGGAGCCGAGCGAGCGAGCUGCUCUCGGCAUGGCUGUGUCGGGCGUCACCAUCAUCCAGGAGCUGGUGGUGGCGAGCGAGGACAAGAGCUCGGCUGCUGCCGCUGGCGCCAACCGCGACGCUACACUGCUCAACGACGCUAGCUCGAGCCUGAGCCCUGGUAGCAAGGUGGGCGAUGUUGUGUUGGUGAUCGCAUGGGAUCUCGAGUGCGUCGAGUCGCUCGGCACCACUCCGGGUACGCCCACCGUCUCGCUCUUGACGGUCGGCUCCGGCGCUUCGCCGAUGGGUCGAACGGCUCCGCUGGUGGCCUCGCCUCUGAACCAGGCAGGCGCCCAGUUGCACAUGGCGCCGCACGGUCUGUCUCCCAUGACGGCAGCCUUCCCCAACGGCCAUCCGCUGGCGCACCAGCCGCAGCCUCAGCUCAACAUGCUCAACGGCGGAGCUGCGCCGCGUGGCUAUGCGCACGCCCACCCGCCCCCGUCGCUGAUCCAGACGCAGCCCUCUCCGCAGCCUAGCUUUGGCUUCAAGGCCGAAGCGGGCCAGGGUAGCUCCGAGACAAACCUGCAGGCGCCUACGCUGCUGCGCAAGCGCGGACUGUCGAUGACCAAGCCCAACCUGAUGGUGUCGAUUCCGCCGGCGCCCGCGUAUCUGAACCCGCAGAGGAGUGCGAGUGGAGCGAUGCUCAGCCCGCACCCUCAGCCGUCGCCUGCUGCGAGCCCGACGCCGGCGGCAUGGGGGAUGAUUCAGCAGAGGGCGGUGCACACGCCCAUCACGCCGUUCCCGCAAAUGGGCGCGUCGCUGUGCGAGCCACCGCCGCUCAACACGGGCGACGACGCACGCAUGCAGAAGGAGCGACUCGAGAGGCACUGGGCCAGCCAGGCGAACCCUCUCGGUGGCGCGCUGCACUCGCCGCUCGACAUGAGCUUCAACCCAUCGGACGUCAACGUGUCGAUGGCCAGCACCGGCAUGGCCGUGGCGACGGCUGCGGGGCACACCGACUCGGCGCUCGGGCUCAUGGUGCCUGGCAGCAUGGGCAACAACGGCCUGGCGCUGCUCUCGCCCGCCGGCUUCGACACGAUGGGCAAGAUGGGCGGCCACAUGUCCGGCCUGGACUCGAGCAACAACAGCUUCGAGCAGAUGCUCAACGACGGCGACCUGAGCAACGAUGCCAGCACGCAGGAAUACCUCAACGGCCUGCUUGCCUCGAUCGGCGUCGAGGGCCAGGACUUUAGCGCCUGA